AUGUUAGCUGUAGGUUAUAGUGAUCAUUCACAAGCAUUUAUUGUUCGAAAUUCAUGGGGAGAAGAAUGGGGUGAUGGAGGAUAUUGUUAUAUUCCAUAUGAUUAUCUGACUAAUCCCGAUUUUUCUUUCGAUCCAUGGACUGUUCGUAAAUUGGAAACUGAUGACAUGGGUCAUGAACAUUGGGAUGAUGAUGAUUCAAUUGAUUAUCAGGAAGAAGAUGAUGAUGAUGAAGAAGAAGAAGAAGAAGAAGAAGAAGAAGACGAUGAUGAGGGUGGUGAAAUUGAAGAAGAAGAAGAAGACGAAGAAGAUGAGGAAGAUGAAGAUGAAGAAGAAGAAGAGGAGGAUGAAGACGAAGAUAAAGAUGAUGAAGAAGACGAAUAA